AUGGCGAGUCUCCGCAUGGGCAGCAUGCCUUCGUUGAGGCGGCAGCGCCUCCUUGCCGAAUUCGCCGGCCUGAAGCAGGCGUGUCCACAGGGUGUGUUUGUGAGCUUGACGCCCGGGGAUCCAAUGUUGUGGUCCGGCGUCAUGUUUGUGAGGCACGGACCCUAUGCUACGGCCAUCCUCAGAUUCCAGAUUUCGUUCCCGGACACCUAUCCCCGCUUACCGCCACUUGUCACCUUCUCAACAGACAUGUUCCACCCCCUGAUAACACCAUUGACGACGUACAUGUACACCACCGACAUCCAGGACAAUGGCACCGUCAGCGCCACCGACGCCGAGCGCCUGCCGCCUGGCGGGUUUAGCCUGCGACACGGGUUUCCGGCCUGGUUUGGGCGGGGCAGCCGGAGCAACGUUGAAAGUAGACAAGUAAGCGGCCAGCAACAGCCGCCUUCGACGCCAGCCAGAGGCGGUCCUUCCAGCACCACCACGACACCAAACUCAAAGGCCACGCCUGAAGGAGGCCAGCCGAAAUACCUCGACACCUCGAGGCGAGAGGUCUCGACGUACGAGGUCCUGCGGUAUAUCCGGAGCACAUUCGACGACGAGAGCGUGUUGGAUUCGGUGCCGCUCGAGGCGGCGGGGAAUCCUGGUGCGUGGCAUGCGUGGAGGACACGACAGCGUCAAGCGGGCAAGACGUUCCCUGGGGACCCAGCUGCUCAACAGAAGCAAGAGAAUGAAUCGGAGACCGGCGGUGCUGCCGUGGAAAAGGAAGAAAAGCCUCCCGCACCUCCCGCGCCCGAGACGAAACCAGCAAGUGGCGGUUUCGUCAUCGCGAGGAAGCCCAUCGGCGGCGCGGGUGCUGCCGCGGUCCCUAGAAACCCCGGAGAGUGGAACUGGGAAGGCGUGUGGGGAGACAGGGUGCAAAAGAACAUUGCAGCCUCUCUAUCGGAGGCAGUUCUAUACGGCUCGACGCUGGGUGGUGGGGAUGACCUGAUUAACUUCCUUCCGAUGGACGAAAGCGACGUGGAGUCUGCCAGGGAUAACCUGUUGCUGACGUUGGGAAGCGGCGCCGCGACCCACCAAGACCUCAGCAGCAGCAUGCAGAGCGUGCGCGCGGCGGAGUGA